AUGCGAAAAAUGCGAAAAAUGCGAAAAAUGCGAAAAUAUAAAGAUAGGAAAAAUGGGCAAUGGGUAAACAUGGGAAUGGGAAGGUGGAGAAUGGAGAAAUGGGGUGAAUGGGGAGAUAGGAGGAGGACGGGAGGAUGGGAGAACAGGAGAAUGGGAGAACAGGAGAAUGGGAGAACGGGAGAUAGGAAAGCAGAAAAUAGGACAGAGACACGGGAGAAUUUUUUGGGAAGGGCAAGAGUCAACAGCAAGACACAAACAGUGAGACUGAAGUUUACCUGGGACACUGGCUUGCAUCCCGCUGGCCGAGUACUGGAGCUCGCGGCACAGUCUCUGCUUCUCGCUGUCAGCCGCGCUCAAGUCAACGAACCAACAAAUGGACCAUUCUUGCUCAAAUUACAUGCCAAUGAGGAUAUUAACGAGGCCAUCAAGCGGUACCGUGAAUCACUUCGGAUCGAAGAUGUUGAGGAGGCCAUUGGGUUCUGCCAGGAAGCACUGGCGGUUUUGCCACCACUCCACCCCGAAAGGCACUACUCCCACUUCAGGAUACACGAGGCAUAUAUGUCUCGUUACCGGGUGCAGCAUAAACCUGCUGAUUUAUCACUCGCAGUGGAGAACUUCAGACUGGCAUCAAAGCACCCUACUCAAGGCUUUCCAGCCCGUAUUCUUCAGGCCGGAGAGGUACAGUCAUGCAUCAAGUCUCUGCCGCUCUCUAAGCUCCGCCACUAUGUCGACGCAUACAAUAUCCCCGUCAAAGGCCGUAUCGACAAGAAUGACCUCGUGGAUUCCAUCAUUGCUGCGAAGUCUAUCCCACUAUAUCCUUGUAUCGCUGACUUCUUCCAGACACCAUCAGACACCCGUCCUCCGCCCCCAACUCAGCAACAAACAUCCACAUCACCACCCGAUUUCCCCCAUCCUGACCUUGAACCACAGCCAGCAUCAUACACAACGUAUACCCCCGAGCCCCCUAGACGGCGCCAGACCACACCUGCGCGGCCCCCGUCUCCUCCACCUCCAUCUCUACCACAAACGCCCCCUCGACCAGCGCCUCCUUCCACUCUACGCCCAUCUCCAGCGGCCAACGCUAGCCCGCCUCCUGCGCGUUCAUCGACUUUACCUCGCUCAGCACCUCAGCCCUCCAUGCCACCCACGCCUCAACCCCCAUCACCACUCUCUACCUUACUGGCAAUGUCCCCAUCAUCCCUCUCGCGUUUACCUAUCCACAUGCUGAAACAGAUACUGUUCGAGGCACGCGUACGCCUUCCCACUGAUAUCCUUGAGAAAGGAGAACUCGUGGCGCGCGUCAGUACUUGGCUGGAUGAGGAGAGAGCGGCAGCAGAGGAAAGGGAUAGGAUAGAGAGGGAGGAGAGGGAACAAGAGGAAUGGGAACGGCGGGAUAGAGAGAGGGCAGCGGAAAGUUCAGCCGUGGAGGCAGACGCAGAAGACGCCCAUGUGCAUGGGCCAGAAGACCCUGCCGAGAAUGUCGAGAUGCAUGACGAGUCCCAGCACCAUCAUUCCCCAUCUUCCUCAUCACCUCAACCCAGUUCUCCUCCCAGGACGACAUACACGGAACGUUCGGGUUUAUGUGUGACAUGUCAGGAUCAGGAGGCAAAUAUCGUGAUCGUGGAUUGCGGACAUUUGUCCACGUGCCGUACCUGCUCAGAACUAGUCCUCGCCUCAUCUCGCGAGUGUCCGCUCUGUCGUACUCGCAUCGUCACAGAGGCACGACUUUUACGGAUAUUCAAGACGUAGGCAUGGGGAACGACGAACUUUUUUUGUCAUUGCGCAUGCACAGAGGCUGCAAUUGUAGAUCAUGCCCAGCCAUAUGCAUGCUGUCCUAGUCUGUAUUUCUUUGCGUGGUUAAGGUAUAGAGAUAAGUUCCGAGUGGGACUUACGCUCGUCUGUAACUAAUAAUCUAACAUCAUGAACUCAUCUCGUCACGGUUGUGCUAAUUUCCUACCAUCUUAAGUUCAAGCCCAACCCGCCAGUCUGUCAUCAAUCU